GAAAUCGCUAUGUUUUCCAGGUUCUGUACCCGGGCGCCUCUGCCGGCUCGGCCAAUCUUCUCGCAUUCCUUCUUCACAGCCAGAUCAGCGCCUCUACCAACCCAUGCCUCUCUACUCCAAAGAGCUGGACUGAGCUUCAGACAAUACGCCACUCACAGCUCCCUCCCCCGACCCCGUCUGUCCACUUCCAACUCCAGUCCCUCCAAUACCACCUACAUCACCUUCGCCCUCUCAUUUUCCGCCCUAACGUCCUACGCCGCCUUCAAAUACGACAACUCCUCCCUCAACCUCACCGCCACCGUCAACCGCCUCACUGGCCUCUCCCUCUCUUCUCAAUCUCUCACACUGUUUGCGCUUAUCGGCACGAACCUCGUGGUGUUCGCGGCCUGGCAGAAUCCGGCGUUGAGAGCGAGGGUCAUGCCGAGGUGGUUUUUGACUAGUGCAGGAAGUCAUCCGGUGACGUUACUAACGAGUACGUUCUCGCAUGCGGAGUUUUGGCAUUUGGGUCUCAACAUGGUCGGUCUCUAUUCAUUUGGUGGAUCAAUGAUCACAGCCAUGGGCGCACCCCACUUCACAGCCUUCUACCUCUCCUCCGGCGUCCUCGCCUCCCUCAUCUCCCACCUCUUCCGUACCUCCUCCCUCCGCCUCGCCUCAGCCUCCACCCACACCUCCUCCCUCGGCGCCUCAGGCGCACUCUACUCCCUCCUCGCCCUCACGGCCUAUUACUACCCCUCCACCUCCGUCUCCCUCCUCUUCGUUCCCUUCGUCGCGUUCCCGCUCAAGUUCUUCAUGCCGGGCCUCAUGGCCAUGGAUGUCGCGGGUAUUUUGGGGAGGUGGGGGAGGUUCGAUCAUGUUGCGCAUCUUGGGGGUGCGGUGGUUGGGUUUGGGUGGGCGAUGAUGGGGGUGCCGAUGUGGUUGAGUGCGAAGAAGGAGGUUGUUAGGAGGAAGAUUAAGGAGAGGAAUGAGAGGGUUUGGAGGGGGGAGAGGUGGGAGUGAGGAGGAUAGCUUGUUGGGAAAGGUGCGGUGUACGAUGUAGUGGUAUUUUGGGUAAUGUGGAUAGAAUGUUCUUCUCAUGUUACGGGUA